GUUCCCCCCACUAUCCCCACUCCCGAUCCCCAGGCCGGCCCAGCCAGCCAGUUCUCAAGCUUGCCGUUUUGAUUGCUGUUGUUUUGUUCUUCGUGAAGUAAAAUAGAAAGGGAGAAGACCUUGCUAGUCUUGUACCCAGUGCGUCAGCUUCUGUUUGUGCUCCUCGUGUCGAGUGGCUUUGGUCGACUCGCAUUCUUUUCAUCAUUUUGGCUUAGUUCUCUACGCUAUUGCGCUCGCCACACAAAGGCGAAAGCGCAACACGAAUAGAGGAAGAUGGAUCCUGCACCGAACAUCGUCUUCGUGGGCCAAGUACCAAGGGACAUGGGAGACCAUGAGUUACGAGAUGUGAUGGAAGAGUGUGGCCGUGUCCUCCAUAUCAAUAUGCUCACUGACAGGAACACUGGCCAAUUCAAAGGUUGUGCUUUCGUUACAUAUGAGUCAAAUGACGAAGCCCAACGGGCCAAAGACACGUUCCACGACAAGAGACGUCUCCCCGGGGCCAAUCACGCCAUGCAAGUCACUGCGGCGCGUGCCAAGGCCGGGGGUGCCUUUGGCGGCGGCGCGACACCUGCCGCUUCUCAUGGUGGUGUGUCUGAGUCUCGACCCGAUACUCACCAGCCGCGGAAAAAGCUCUUUGUCGGCAUGCUUGCGCGUACCUUAGGCGAUGAAGAUCUCCGUCAGAUGUUCCUGCCCUAUGGCGACGUUGAAGAUUGUGUCAUCCUGCGCAACAGUGACAAAACUAGUAAAGGAUGCGCUUUCGUCACGAUGACCGAUAUGAACUCUUGCCAGAAGGCUAUCGUAGCAUUGCACAACAGUCAGACAUUUCCAGGCUGCUCUGGACCAAUGGUAGUGAAAUUUGCGGACACCCAGGCACAAAAGGAAGGCCGGCAGCGUGUCAGGAUGGACAUGCAUGUUCCAGGCCCGAUGCACCAGCCGCCGCCAAUGCACCAUCCUGCUGCACCCGCCGGCCAUGUGCCUCAUCUUCACCCGCCGCCAAUGUCAGCAGCACCCGCGCCCGCCUAUAGCCAUCACCUCGGCAUGCCCCCGCAGCAACCGGCCUCCCAGGCUGUGGCUCCUGCAGGUGGUCCCGGGCCGGAUUUGUCCAGUUUGCAAAACCUCCUGGCACCCACAAUGGCCCAGCUUGUCAAGCAACAACAAGAGUUGCAACAGCAACAGAGGAACAUCAACCAGGCCUUGCAGCUGCUAGGAAUUCCGUCAGCUAAUGGUGGUGGUGGUGGAAGUGGUGCCAGCGAUUAUCCUGGGGCGGCAGCAGAUCCUUCCAUUUAUGCUCAGGCCGGCAUGUCUAGCAGUCCGGCAGCUGGCCUGGGUUAUGAUGCACCCUUGGCUGGUGGCGCCUCUCACGUUGCCCACAGUGCUGCUGCGGCUGCCGCAGCUGCUGUUAGCAGUGGCGUUGGCGGUCCUGCCACAUCUGGUCCUGGCGGAUAUAGAACGGGUCCAGAUAAUUCUAAUCUCUUCAUUUACCACCUGGCUUCUAGUGCCACUGACAACGAUCUCUAUCAGCUGUUCUCAGCGUAUGGUCGCGUGCUCAGUGCGCGCGUCUAUUGUGACCGCAAUACAGGACAGAGCAAAGGCUUCGGUUUUGUUAGUUACGACAACCAGCAGUCUGCUGAGGCAGCUAUUGGCUCACUGAACGGAUACCAGAUGGGUGGACGUCGGCUGAAAGUCCAGCUCAAGAAAGGCCGUGAAGGCGCAAGGCCAUACUAGGUACCAGGAUAUGUCGGGCCAUGCUACUACUACCCUGCAGUGCCUGCUAUUGUCAUAUGGCAUUUGUCAUGCAGUCAGUGCGCUGCUGCUCGCAGCUCUUGUCCCGUCUUGAUUUGCAUCCGGGGUCGGCUUCCGGUGUUCUACCCAGGUGUCCUACAUUCUAUUUCGACCUGUCCUCCUUCUUUUCCUCCUCACACCCUGGCGUUGCUAUGCAUGUUCCCAUCUGGUCGCUUAUGAUACACUAUACCCUCCCCCCUUCACGGCAAGCCGGUCAGGCCUCCAUGUGUACAUCAGUUACCGUGUUUAGUAGGUGUGCAGUGGCUUUGUGAGCUGCGUGUUUUUCGCCUUCUUUUGUUUUAGUGCUGUAUCCACCCCAAUCGUCCCUUUUUUUAGAGCACGUUGCUGGUCAUGUGCAUCUACAAUAGAACACCAUUAGGUUUUAUCAUGAUACAAUUAAGGUGCCGUGCCAAGUAAUGAAGUCUCCGUGCGUCAUCUUGUGCUGCACUGUCAACGUACUUUUAGAUUUAAUCCUGUUCCUAAGUACUGUCUGGUACUUCCUGUUGUGAUCUCCUCCGCACUACGGUCUAGUUAAUAUCCACAUUUGUUGUGCUCGUGUCGAUGUUCUACCACGCACACGAUCAUCCUAAUAAUUAUUACCCUAACUUAGUUAACUAGCUGUAUGCCCUAUUUGCUGCAAGUUGCAUCCGUCAGUUAGUUCGUGCUUUGUUGUUUUCCUAGGCUUCUGUCUCUUCAUUCCCGUUCCAUAUACAGUACCGGUACUGAUUUA